UUUAUUUUCUAUACUUUCGAGUGCAGCACAAAAAAUUUCUACAAAAUAAUCAACAAUCCUCAUUUGUGACACAAGUCAAUAUUUGUCCUUUUUGGCAGUUAUGAUACUCUCUUUACAAUGGUUAAAUUAAAAGCGCCACCAUAUCGGGUAUGGAUCGCAGUUAUGAUUUUCAUGACGACUUUUACAAACUACAUGCUGAGAGCCAACAUGUCCGUGAGUAUAAUCAGCAUGGUUGACAAGGCAAAGAAAAAUCAGACAGCAGUUUGCGCAACUCCUGCCGACAAUUCAACUAAACCUCCCCCGCCACCCAAAUCUGGGAGUAAAAAAUUCAAAUGGAGCGAAACCGACCAAGGCUGGAUCCUCGCUGCCUAUUUCUACGGCUACUUCCUCACACUGAUGCCUGGAGGUCUGAUAUCAAAUUACAUCGGCCCUUGGCACGUUCUCCUGUGGACGGGCGUUGGCAGUGCCGUCUUAACUGGCUUGACUCCCAUUUGCGCCACAUCUGGAGGUGUGGGUGGGGUUUGCGCUAACCGAUUUUUCAUCGGCUUUCUUGGGGGGCCAGUGUACCCCGCCGUCAACGAUUUAAUCGCAAAGUGGGCGCCGCCCAAGGAAAAGGGCAAGUUUCUGGCGGCUAUGAUGGGCAACACCUUGGGGACGGUGCUGACGUGGCUGGCGGUGGCCGCGGCCUCGUCGGCAUGGGGCUGGGAGUGGGGGUUUUACGUUCUGGCUAUUUUCAUGUUGGUUUUUUGCGCUACCUUUGGAAUAGUUGUGAGGGAUAGACCGGAUGUACAUCCUUGGGUUUCCGAUGACGAAAAAAAGCAUAUUUUCGAAGCCCAAGAAGGGCAUCUUACAACGAAGAAGGGCUUUCCCCCGUACCACAAAAUGUUGUGUUUUAGCAUCCCAUUCUGGGCUUUAGUUAUAGCCCAGUUUGGCAAUGCCUGGGGCUUGAAUUUGAUCAUCACUUACGUCCCCAAAUUCAUGGCCGAAACCUUAGGCUUCAAUAUUAAAGCUUCAGCCGGUCUCGCUGCCCUUCCAUACAUUGGUCGGCUUCUUGGUAGUAGUGUGUUCGGGGUCAUUGUUGAUUAUAUGCGUAAAAAAGAAGUCAUGUCUGUGACCAAAAUCCGAAAACUCUUUAUAACUUUUUCCCAUUUUAUCCCGGGCCUCUGUUUGAUACUGAUCCGAGCUUUCGGUUGUAUAAAAGAAGGCGUCAUAGCCAUGCUGGUGCUAAACCAGGGCUUCAACGGUGCAUGUGUGGUCAGCCAGUUGGUUAACCCACAAGAUCUCUCACCGAAUUUCGCUGGAGCAGUUUUCGGAAUCAUGAACUUUUUCGGCAUGACUACAGGAUUAUUCGUGCCCAAGAUAACAGGAUACUUGAACACGACUUAUACAGGAUUUAAAGGCCCGACGUUAAUAUUCAUGAUUGGAGGAAUUGUUUAUGUGGCUACUGGUAUUGUAUUUAUUCUUUUUGGAUCUGGUGAGGUGCAGCCUUGGAAUAAAAAGAAGGGCGAGGAAGAGGCGGAAACGACAGAAGCAAAAUAAUUGCACAUGAAGUCGUUUCCUUGUUUGUAGUAUUUUCGAAAUAACAGCAAAACAAACUCAAAAUACACAAUCUUGAUUAACUUUGUCAAGA